AUGAGCGUUCCCGUGGCGCCUAAGAAGUCAUGUUACAGCGAAUUGCGGGACAGCAGAAACGGAUCAAAAAAUAAUAACGACCGAGUCCUGAGUUUCGGAGAUGCCAAUGCCAACCCCAUCGUGUUGGAGGUUGGCUCCUCUUCUGACGAGCCUGCCACGUGUGCUGUGCCAGAGGAAGUUGGAAAUGCAAAUUCGAGGGGACCAGAGAGUAGUCCCCGUGUCCUGAAGGAGUUUCACCCACUUCAGGGCUUUGCAAAGGCAUCUCAGGCUGGCCCCACCGGCCUGAAGGAUUUUAAAUUCUCUCCGAUGGCUCAGAGAGAACGGAAUGAAGAGUCCGAGCUAGAGAGAGGCGCAGACCACCUGCAGGUCCUUCGUGGUCUCCAGGGACCAGGUCUGCCGAGUCGGAGGACUGUCAUGGGUGAGUCCAGCCUGGAGGUUCCAGCUAAGCGGGAGGCUGAUGUCCCCUGGCCUGUCGCCAAGGAUAAGUUGGCCAAGACCCUUGACAACGAGGAACUGAGGAGGCAUCCUUUGGAAAGAGUUAGCAGUUCUGCUGCAGCAGUGGACGUGCUCACAAAGGAGUGGGCUGGGGGCCUGGCCUGGCCGCUUCCACAACCCCCAGGGCUGGGUUCUCCAGAAGCCCCGCAUCCAGUGCCCGGCGGUGGCGAGGGGCCGCCGAAGACGGGGACAGCCCCUUCUCCAGGGCUGCCUUGUCCUCCGGCGGACGGGACCUCAGAGGGAAAGGGCGCACGUCAUCCUAAACCAUCUACCUCAGUAACCAUGGAGACCGUCCCCUUAGAGACCCAUCCAGAGAGGGGACGGGUACCCAAGCUCAGCGCCCAGAGCACAGCACCUUCUGCCCAUCCAGAGGGUGCUCUUGAUUGCUCUCCAGCCUCAAAGGAUGUCCUGAGGAGGCCAGAAGCACAAGUGGGUCCAGGAAAAGUGGAGCCCAAGACAGAGCUGAAACCUGUCCAGCCCAGGGCUGUGCAGGAGUUCAAGUCCACCCAGGUGGGCGAGCUGGGGUGUCGUCAGGGGCAUGGCGUGUCACCUCUUGGGAGAAAGGAGCCAGCUGGGGAGGCGCAGCCAGGAGCCUCGGCCGCUGGGUUAAGCAGCCUGGCACACAGCGUUCCCCACCCCCUGGACACAAUAAGAGACAGAGAUGAGCCAGAGAAGGGAGGUGAGGACGGGUCUCUCCGAACCACCCCCACAUCGAGCCCCGGUUCCUCACAAGCUGCGGAUCAGCAACCCGUGGCCAUAAGUUUGCCAGGUGCAGCUCGGAAGCUGGGUGAAACAAUGCCCAACGGCAUGUCACCAGGGGAUGGUCAUGUAGCUUUUGUUCCUGGAGAUUCAACUGACAGCAAGCCCUCUGGUGUCAGCGACGAGAGAGGCGUCCUGGGAGGUGGGAACAGUGUCAACACUAUGGUUUUUGACUCAGAUUCCUCUGUUGGAGAGAGCAAAACUGGGGUCCCUGAGCCCCCCAACCCUCCAAGCAGCCGCUCAGAAGCCGAGGAAGGCCAAGAGGUCUCUCUAUCUCUUGCAGAGACCAGGAACCAUCUAGAACCUGCAGUGAAGACUGAAAGCACCUCCCCAGUGAGGGCAGAUGUCCUUCUUGGUGUCCCCGCGUCCCUCCACCCAGAGACAACUGUGAAUGUGGCCCGCCAGCCCCCGCCACCCAGCAGCCGCUUUCAGGACUUGGGCACAUCAAGUGUGGAUGUGGGGUGCCCCCCGGCUGCCCUGCCUCCUGCUGACAGCACCGGGUUGUCACACACCUCCCCCAAAGUGCCUGCCAAGAACGCCUGCCCUGGGGGCCUUCCCCGUCCCGAGGACACACCCGCCUCACUGGAGGGGACGGUGGGCCCCCUGGUUGAGAAGAGGGAAGGGCGGGCGGAACCCAGACCCGUUGUGAUGCCCAAGCCCAAGCACGUGAGGCCCAAGAUCAUCACCUACAUCCGGAGGAGCCCGCAGGCUCUCGGCCAGGUGGAUGCGUCGCUGGUUCCCGUGGGGCUCCCUUAUGCCCCGCCUGCUUGCAGCGUGGCUCUCCCCAAAGAGGACAAGGCGGCGGGUGCCGACCUGAAGCCGGCUGCCGGCCUCUAUGAGAAGUUCAAGCCGGACCUCCAGAGGCCCCGGGUGUUUAGCUCCGGACUAGUGGUGUCGGGGAUCAAGCCCCCAGGACAUCCCUUCAGUCCAAUGAGUGAGAAGUUUCUGCAGGAGGUUGCAGAGCGCCCUGGAAAAGAAGAAUUUUGUUCUCCUCCCUAUACUCAUUACGAAGUUCCCCCAACUUUCUAUCGAUCGGCCAUGCUCCUUAAGCCCCAGCUGGGAUUGGGUGCGAUGUCACGUUUACCGUCUGCCAAGAGCAGGAUCCUGAUUGCGAGUCAGAGGUCUUCAGCGAGUGCCAUCCACCCACCGGGAACCAUAGCCGCAGCUGCCAGUCUCUACAAUUCCGACCCUGCAGCAGAUUUAAAGAAAGCUUCCAGUUCAAAUGCUGCAAAAUCCAACUUACCCAAAUCUGGACUUCGUCCUCCUGGCUACUCGCGUCUCCCCGCAGCCAAGCUGGCGGCCUUUGGCUUCGUCCGGAGCUCCAGCGUGUCCUCGGUGUCCAGCACCCAGUCGGCGGACAGCGCCCAGCCUGAGCCCAGCCGGCUGGCCAACCGUUCAGCCUUUGGAACUGAAGACCAGCCGCCUCUUAAGGCAGCUCUCCCUGCCAAAGACAUACCCAAGGGCGCUGGCCGAGCAGCCCCUCCAGCUUCCUCCAGCGCGACAGCACCCCGCAGGAGUUUGCUUCCGGCACCGAAAUCCACAUCCACACCGGCUGGAGCCAAGAAAGAAGGACAAAAAGAGCAAGAUGCCAAUAAACCUGCAGUUUCAUCUCCUAAGAGGACAGCGGCUUCGAGCACCAAGCUCCACUCACCAGGGUACCCCAAGCAGAGGACCACGGCCCCCCGCAACGGGUUCUCCCCGAAGCCGGACCCGCAGGCCCGUGAGGCGGAGCGGCUGCUGGCACAGCGGCUGAAGGAGCGCUACGAGCAGCAGGCCCGGCAGCUGGGGCUCGCGCGGGCGGAGCUGAGGACCGCCGUCCGCGGCUUCCAGGCACUCGCCGUGGCCACGCAGCUCUUCUUCGGGAAGAGUGAAAGUGCCCUUGUGAAAGAGAAAGAGCUGUCAAUCGAGCUUGCAAACAUCAGGGAUGAAGUUGCUUUCCACGCCGCCAAGUGUGAGAAGCUGCAGCGGGAGAAGGCCGAGUUGGAGCGGCGCUGCGAGGCGGAGGUGCGGAACCUGGGCUGGCAGCAGGAGGCUGAGCUGCGGGACCUGGAGCAGCGCCUGCACCUGCAGUUCGAGACCGAGGUGGCCCGGCUCCAGGAGGAGCACCGCGCGCAGCUGCUUCGGAUCGGGUGUCAGCACCAGGAGCAGGUGGAGGACAUCACCGCCAGCCAUGAGGCUGCGCUCCUAGAGAUGGAGAACAGCCACACGCUCACCCUUGCGAUCCUGCAGGAUGACCACGAGCACAAGGUCCAAGAACUGAUAUCGACCCACGAGCUUGAAAAGAAAGAAUUGGAAGAAAACUUUGAAAAGCUGCGGCUGUCAUUACAGGACCAAGUGGACACGCUGACCUUCCAGAGCCAGUCUUUGCGGGACCGAGCCCGGCGCUUUGAGGAGGCUCUGAGGAAAAACACGGAGGAGCAGCUGGAGAUUGCCUUGGCUCCUUAUCAGCACUUGGAAGAAGACAUGAAGAGUCUGAAACAGGUGUUGGAAAUGAAGAAUCAACAGAUACAUCAGCAGGAAAAGAAGAUUCUUGAGCUGGAAAAGCUGGCAGAAAAGAACAUCAUCCUGGAAGAGAAGAUCCAAGUUCUCCAGCAGCAGAACGAAGACCUCAAAGCCAGGAUCGACCAGAACACCGUGGUCACAAGACAGCUGUCGGAGGAGAACGCGAACCUCCAGGAAUAUGUGGAGAAAGAAACGCAGGAGAAGAAGAGGCUGAGCCGGACCAAUGAAGAGCUGCUAUGGAAGCUCCAAACCGGGGACCCGACCAGCCCCAUUAAACUGUCCCCCACAUCCCCUGUGUACCGCAGCUCCUCCUCCGGGCCCUCCUCUCCCGCCAGAGUCAGCAUGACGCCCAGAUGA